UUCUCUGGACCUGCUCCAUCCCUUCAUCUUCUCGAUCUUCUUGUAAUUGUGGAAGCGCACGGUCCCUCGGUACGGACUUUCCCGCAGAUGUCGGCAGCCCGGCUCUGAAGGCGGCCACCUGCCAGGAGCCCAAAUGCGUUUGCCACUCGUCGCCCUUGCGAUGUCUUUGCUUUGCGACACCAUCGGGAGCCAGGGCCGGCCGGACGCUCAGCAAGAUCGGUCAGAAGGUUGUCGGAACUGCGAGGAGUGCUCCCGCGACAACGGCUGCGUGCGCUGCGCCGAGCGCCUGUUCCUGUUCCUGCGCCGGGACGGCAUGUCGCAGCACGGUACCUGCGUGCAUGCGUGCCCCAAAGGAUUCUUCGGGCAGCGGGCGCGCGAGGUCAACCGAUGCUUCAAGUGUCGCUCUGUCAACUGCGAGCACUGCUUCAGUCGGGACUUUUGCACGCAGUGCAAGUCGGGCUUGCCGCUCUACAACGGCCGCUGCCUGAGCGUCUGUCCCACACGAACCUUCGCACACAACGGCGAAUGUCUCGACGAGUGCGUCUCGACUCCGCCGUCAGGGUGGAGCGUGUGGAGCGUCUGCCUCCGAGACGGCGCCCCCUGCGGCUUCAGGUGGGGACGACAGACCCGGACGCGGGGGAGCGCCGCCCCCAAAGAGGCGCCCGGCCCCGAUCGGACCGGCUGCCCGUCGCAGAGCGAGACCAGGAGGUGCAGGAUGAAGAGGAGGUGCCCUAAAGACGGCAGAAGACCGAGGGCGCGCGGCCGCGAGGGGCCGCAGAAACCGCUGUGGAUGCUCGCCACCGGCAAGGACGGCAACGCGGUCGGCAUCUUCUGAGGCGCCCGACCGCAACAACAGCACAAGCGCACACAUCCGCCGCUACAAGCGGGUGCAAACAAGGACCAACAUUCCACAAUUUAGCACAGACACAAAAAAAGCAUUUAUGAACUUGAGCACAAAGUCUCGUGUGUGUGUGUGUCUGCAAAGCAGAAGUGGAUCUUAAGGAGGAGGUUCCGCCAUAUUUAAUAUUAUUAUAAAAUGCCUUUUGUACCUAAUCAACAUCUUACUCCUAAUAAAUGGCUGAAACCUUUUGCACUCGAGUAAACUUGGUCACAAAAGUGGAUUCCUCGGCCGGACGAUUUCAUCAGCCGAUAUACGCCCUUUUCAAAUCGGUAAAAAUCAUGGCCGAUUUUGUUGCCUUUCUAUACUUCAAUGCAAUAGUGCUGUUACCCAGGAAUUCAGAGUUUGUAUUCACAGGCAAUUCCCUGACGGGCAGUGCCAACUACAUUAGUGGCAGGCGCAUCGAUCCAAAUAUCGAGAAUAUCGACACCGAGUCAGGAUCGCUAUCGGAUCGAUACUAGCGUGAAAAUAUCAACGCAGUGCUUUCAGUUUCGCACCUCGCACGCAUGUUUUUGGGAUGUGGGAGGUAACUGGAGUACCUGGAGAAAAGCCACACAUGCCAGGCCGGAUUUGAAGCCGCAACCUCACAACUGUGAGGCAGAUGUGCUAACCGCUCGUCCACUGUGCCGCCACAAUAGUUUAUUGAAGAAAAACACAAAAACAAUACCAAUACCGAUAACAGAGAGUAGGAAUAUUGAUGGAUUGCCAAUGCGAUGACGUCACCUCUCGGCCCACCCGGUCGAAACAAAAACAAAGUCAGAUCACGUUUCCUGGCGUUUUUGUCGCAUGACAUCGUGUUCGGGGACACCUGUAGGAACAAAGGAAAUCCUGGGGCGUCACGUGGGCAACAAAAAAGGUUUACAAACGAUCCUUGUUUGAAACCUUGAAUUCGUCCAAUUGACCCCGCUUCACUCGAUGCUAACCAACCGAGGAAACAAAAGAGAAAUCAACCCGAUCCUCAAAUUGUCGGUUCUACUUCACAAGUGGAAGCAGAAGAGAUUUCGACGAUAUGUGAAGAUUCCAACCAAGAACAACAAGAAAAUAAAGACGAGAAACAAGAACCGGAUGAGGAUUUGUUCCAUAGAAAUGCCUCAACCAACACUGUCUGAAGGAAUCAAUGUCGUGGAACCUCCACUGCAUGAAAGCUUAGUAUCCGUAUGCAUGGAUGUUAGCUUGUUCUACAUUCGACAUAUUAUUCGCAGCGUAUAGCAUUUCUUUCACAUCUUUUGUUUUUGUUGUUGUUGUUGUUGUUCAUAAUGGAAAACUAUGAGAAGGAUAUGGAGCUAGACAAUAAUAGUCUUCAUCCUGAAAGCAUACCUCCUGAAUUACAAGAUCUGGUGAAUGAUGAUGAUGAUUUGGAUCCCUUCAUGGCAAUCAGACGUGGAAGACUUUGUAGAUUUUUAUUAACCCUCUACAAACAGCGUUGAGACGUUUAGAACAACCAUCUCCCCCUUUUAGUGUUACACAACAAAAUGUAUCAUUCCCAGACUCUGAAUUAACACAGCACAUCUGAAAUACUCCAGACUACAUUCCUGAAAGUCUAAACCGCACUUCUGGAACUCUAGACCCCAGCAAUCCAAACAUACAGACCAGAGGGGGAAGAGUGACGCGCGAUCGUUUCAAUAAUCUAGAACUAAGAAGACGAAUCAAUAUUCCAAAUUGUGAAAGGGGAGCCAAUUUUCCAUCCUUUUACGCGGGUGUGAUGAAUAAUGUCAAAGAAGUGACUCUAUGGUAGAGCUCUUUUCAGGCUGAUGCCAGAGUCAAAUAUUUCAUGAUUUUAUUUUUUUUUUUAAUAUAGGUACAUCUCAAUAAAUUUGAAUAUAGUUGAAAGGUUUUUCUUCAGUGCUUAUACAGUGAUUAAACACUGAAGUACUUUUCACAGGGCAAAUACCAGCCUAAUUUCUACAUUAAAAAUCACUUUAUUUCUUGAAUUAAUUCACUAUUUCAUUUGACAUUAUAUUUUAGUUUCGCAAUGUGUGGAAUUGUUUUAUUUGCUAUGUGCUACAAUCAUUAAAAUAAUACAUAUUUUAAAUAUGAAAUACUUCACUCUGAGUGUGUGCAGUUCAUAAUUUCACUUUUUGAAUUGAACUACCUAAUAAAAGAUUCACACUAUUCACGUGUGAGCAUGAUUGACAUGAACUCGUGAAUGCCAGUGAUGCGUGCGAGAACGUGAUUGACGUGCUUGCGUGAAAGCAUUUGAGUAGUUGAGAGCAAGACUUGUGCGUAUGAGAGUGUUUGAGUAGACUUAGAGAGCAUUUGAGUAGUUAAUGAGAGCACGACUCGUGCGUAUGAGUGUUUGAGUAGUGUUAAUGAGAGCAUUUGAGUAGUGUUGAGAGCAAGACUCGUGCAUAUGAGAGCGUUUGAGUAGUGUUAAUGAGAGCAUUUGAGUAGUGUUAAUGAGAGCAAGAAUCGUGUGUAUGAGAGCAUUUGAGUAAUGAGAGCAAGACUCGUGCGUCUAAGAGUGUUUGAGUAGUGUUAAUGAGAGCAUUUGAGUAGUGUUAAUGAGAGCAAGAAUCGUCUAUAUGAGAGCAUUUGAGUAGUGUUAAUGAGAGCAUUUGAGUAGUUAAUGAGAGCAAGACUCGAGCGUAUGAGUGUUGGAGUAGUGUUCAUGAGAGCAAGACUCGUUCGCAUGAGAGCGUUU